AUGGGAAGCCGUCCUCGUGGCACUUUUCCAUCGCAGCAGUAUCGAAGUGGUCCAGAAGUGUUCUUUCCUAGGUAUGAGCCAAAUAGGGUAAGAAGCUCCAAUCGUGUGAGAGAUGCUCCUGUCCCUCCACCAACUUACAGAAACGGGAUAGGAUCUGAGCUCCCUUCAACGCGUGGCUACGGAGCAGAAAGGAAAAGGGACUAUCCAACAAGUGGUCGUGAAAUGGACCGCACUGACAAGCGAAGCGCAAAUAGUCAGUACGAUAGACGUGACGGAGUCAGACGAGACGGUCCAAGAGAUAGCGUUAGAGGUGCUCCUCAUCCAAGAAAUGACGACAAUGUGGGAGCAGGUAGUCGAGCAUCGGAUAGCAAUGGCAAUCGGUAUAAGUAUUUGGAUGAGGGAUGGUACAACGCAUACAAACCACAGCAACCAGCGAGCAUGGUUUUCUUUCCAAACGCUCCUCGCGAGCGUGAUCACCGCGCUCCUCGAAAUGGGUACGAAAGUCAGCCUUCCACAAGAGCAGCAGCAGAUCGUUAUCGCUACGGCAAAGGUGCAGAAUCUUCCCGUGGAACGGGAAUUGAUAUGGGGCCAUACGGCGUUGUGAAUUCUGAAAUAGUUAUGGAGACUCGCCAACUAGAGGAAAGAGUGGCUGCCAUUCAACGUGAAUUGGAAAUGCUUGAAAAAGAUAAUGAGGGCAAUCGCAGUUCGGAUUAUCGAAACUCCAGAAGUGCAUAUCAAGCUAAUUCUGGUCAUCUACCGUCAUUGCUAGAUUUCGCUCCUCCCCCGGAUGCAGUAGAGAAGGCAAGAUUCGAACGAGAAGAAGUGAAUCUGAGGAUGCGCGAACAAGAACUGAGGCGACGCGAACAAGAGCUGAUAUUUGAACAACGGCGAGCGAUACGUGAUCGAGCUGCACCACCUCCUCAAUAUGGGCGCGUCGCACCUCCAAGUCGCCCCAAGAAUGCUACAUUCCCGAAGUUAAGAAGUACUGUCGUACGACGUCCAGUCUCCACAAAGCCGUCGCCGAGAAAAUCAGAGAAUGACCGCACUACUGAUGGCUUAAUAGAGCAGAUCCUUGGGAAGUAUAAAUCUGGCGGCGAUUCACCGAGAUCUCGUUCUCUAAAGGAGUUGCUGGAGUACUGCGAUGUAAGUUUACUAAGCGAUGAUGUUUGUCAGAAAGCAGGAACUCUCAUAGCCAAUUCGGAGCAAUCUACUGAGGAUGACUAUAAAACGCGCACAUGCAUUCGAACCUACAAUCCCACUGUACUGGGACCACUUGAUGAAUAUGUCUCAUUGGGGUUGUUCGAAGAUGAGGUGAAAAUGGACGCUUCCUCUUGUGAUGCUGCAUCAGAUAAGAUACUGGAGGACCUGCAAUCGGCUCUGGCGGUUUUUCCUAGGUCGCCCGCUUCAUAA